AUGGAGAGAGCUGUACUUAAUAGACUGCAACAUCUCAUCACAGUUUUUCCACCAACAAUCUUUGCAUACCAAAAAGGUGCAGGCACCGGCGAUAACAUCGUAACACUGCUAUCACUACUGGAUGGAAAGGACAGCAUUGUAGUAUUCCUCGACUUAGAAAAAGCUUUUGAGCUUGCCAACAAAGAGGCCAUCUUAUCCUCAUUAGCAGAAAAAGGCCUCAGAGGGAGGCUCCUUGAGUGGAUACAAGACUACCUGACUGGAAGGAAAGCCAAAGUCAGGUUCCAAGGAGAAUUAUCUAACUUUUAUGAUUUCGAGAAUGGAACACCACAGGGAGGACUCCUUAGCCCCUUUCUCUUUAACAUUUUAAUCUCGAAACUAGUAGAUAUUCCAUUUCCAUCAGAUGUUCAGCUUUUAGCCUAUGCAGACGAUAUCCAACUUGUAGCUACAGGCCCAAAUCGUCACAUAAAUGCUCAAACCUCGUUAGACUUACUGGAAAAUAAAUGCAGAGAGCUUGGUUUAAAAGUUAACUCAGAUAAGUCAAAAGCACUCCAGAUAAGAAGAGUAUCAGCCUGUCGUCAGCUCUAUAUAGGCAAUACACCCCUUGAGUGGGUUCCAUCAUACAAAUGCCUAGGCAUAUUCUUCAACUCGGAGCUGUCAGCCACAACACACCUACGAUUUCUACUAGAAAGAACAAGAUCCCGCCUCUGUAUUUUAAGGAAGCUAACCUCUUGUAAGACAGGUGCUGGUUUCAAGGUCUUAAGACUCUUCUACACUCAUGCAAUUCGAUCCCUAGUGGACUAUAGUGCGCCUGCACUAUUAACACUCAGCUCUAGCCAAAUCGUCUCUCUAGAAACCAUACAGAAUAGAGCCAUGAGAUCAAUACUUGCUGCCCCAAGAUGGACUAGACUAGCCAAUUUAAGAGUCGAGACUUACUUACCAUCUCUCCACACCAGAAUCAGACAAAUAGCAGUCACUCUCUGUUCAAAGAUGAUCACACGUACCAGACCUUCACCCUUAAAAACUUUCAGCCACAUGCUUCAUAACCAAGAGUUACACCACAACCUCACAUGGCACCGCAAGUUAGCUGAAGCAUUCCACUUCCUUAAUGCAGUACCGAUACUAUCGGCAAGAGGAAUAGAUAACUAUCACCCACACUACCAUCCAAACCCCCCAUGGAAAGACAAAUCUAUAUCAAUACACACCAGCACCAUUCCUACCACGAAGGCUCUGUGCACUCCUACCAUGAUAGCACAGUUAAAGGCGAACAUAGAGGCACUCAGGGCAGAAGAUACUCUCAUCAUCUACACGGAUGGCUCUGUUGAUCAGGCCACUGGCAGAUCAGGGGCAGCCAUAGUUACCGACGACAUGAGCAUAGCACACAGAGUGUCAGAUGGAGCAUCCACUCUACAAACUGAACUGUAUGCCAUCAAGUUGGCUUUCAGACACGCAGUAUAUACUACACACUCAACUAUACAUAUCUUCACUGACUCUCUCUCAGCCAUACAGACCAUUAAGAAAAACCAAGCCACUGAUAAUCUCAAACUAGUAACAACCAUUCUCUUUCACAUCCAACAACUGGAAGAACAAGGAAAGACCCUGAGCUUAUGGUGGAUCCCCAGCCACGUCAACAUCUCUGGCAACGAGUCUGCUGAUGCUGCUGCCAAGAAUAGUCUAUGUUUCAGCACUAUCAAUGGACACAUUACCCCAAGUCUCAGCCGCUUAAAGAAGCAAGUCCGAAGAGCUACAUAUGAAGUGUUAUUAAUAGAACACCGAGCAUGGGUAAUUGCAGGAUCCCCAUCAGCAAAUUGGUACAAGAUAGUCACCGACUACAAUCCUCCAUUCUCAGUCACCACUCUUCCCAGGAAAUCCGCUGCAGUAUACCACAGACUCCGCUUAGGAUAUAGAUGCAACUGGGAGAUAGACAUCAAAGUCCCCAGGCCAUGUACCUUGUGUACCAUGAUCACUGAUGAGCCUCUAAUCCACUACAUCCUGGACUGCCCUAGUAUCCAGCAGUUACGACCUCAGCAAUACCAAGGCCCGCACAGAAGAGAUCGAAGACAAUUUGCUUCUAUAGCUGCCAGAUGUCUAGCCGAAAUACUCAGCUCACCUGAUGCCCUCCAGGUACUUACAAGUGUACCUCCACCCAGAUGA